UCUGACCUGAUCUUGAUCGGUUCAGUUUGACGUAGCAUAAAGUUCAUCUAAGCCGAAGCAAAAUGGUUCGACUUGUGUAUCGUUCAGCUACCUUUCUAGUCUUCGUGACGCUGGCAGUCGCCAAUGAAGUCUUCAUCUGCCGGCAGGUCGACGGUGGAAGCGAUUGUCGCAACUACAACGAUGAAGACUUGGCCAGGACCAACUUCAGUGAGACUCCGAGUGUUGUUAUCCGAAACGGAACAAUCGACGAUAUCGAACGGCUUCUCAAUGGUAGUUUGUACCACGUACCGCGUUUUUACAUCACCAACCUGGUUGCAGUUGAAGGAUCUCAAUCUCUUGAACGGUUUCCCAUUGAGCCGAAACGGUUCUCGGUUCUACAUUUGACCAAUAGUGGCAUCCAGCAGUUAGAAAUAACAGGCCCAGAUGAUAGUUUGAUAAGUUUGGAUGUCAAACAGAACCGACUCACAACGUUGGGGAACAUAAAAUUCCUUGCGAGUUUGGAGUACCUUAAUGCCGAUCAGAACGCCAUUGAAUCGAUUUCCUUGGAUGAUUUCAAAGAUCUUCACCAGCUGACAAGACUAUCAUUGAGGUCGAACCAAAUCAAAAGCAUUACCGCUACACGGCCAAUCAUUCUUCCUUAUUUAAAAGCUCUGGACAUAUCAGACAACCAGUUGACGGAUCUGAAUGUUACAUUCUGGGAAUUCCAGAUUCUGGAAACCUUUAACUUGAAUGACAACUCGCUGACUCGUGUCAGUGGUGGUUUGCGGGAAAGGUUUCCCGAAAUCACAACGUUUUCCGUCGGCGGACGCAACAAUUGGGACUGCCAGUGGAUCGAUGAUUUUUUAUCAUCUCGAAAAGAUCGCAGCUGGGACCUACUCGUGACCGGCGAUAGGCCAGACUGUCCAAACCAAACUCGUAUAGCACGUAUGAUUUGCUGUCACGAUUCAAAGAAUAGAAGCUAACGUACAUCAGGCAAGUCGUCCUUACACUGAAGUUUCUGGAAAUGAC